AUAGGGUUUGAGAAGGUAUAUAGUUUGAAAAAGGUAGGUGGUACUAAGUUAAAAAUACUUCGUAAAUUUCUUUAUCAGAGUGCUUCAAAUUGAACAAUCUCUCUCCUUCCUUUUCAUACACUUGUCAUCUACUUGGAUAUGCUGGGAAGCAAAUUGUAUUUUCUUGAAACUUAAAUUUUGAAUACAGUAAAACCUUGUAACCUAGUUAACUUAUAAAAGGGGCCAUGUGAUUCCUUCUCCCAAUGUGAUAGUUAUGAAAGGGUGUACUGUUAGUUCCAGUGACAUAAACUCUGUUAUCACUAGAUGAGGAAAUCCCAUAAUAUGACUAACAGAUGAUUUCAGUUUCAUUUUAGUAUUCGAUCUUAAAGGUUUACAUACCCUUUAAUGACACUUAUUUUCAGUGAAGAAGAAAUAAAAGAUGCCAAGGAUGAAGAUUUUCCAGAAGGGAGUUUGAGUUAAAGACAGCUUUUUAUACUUGGCAAGUGUUGUCAUCUAUAAUGAAGAUCAUUGAGAAAACUGAAUGAAGACUUUUAACAUUGGAUCUGGAUAGGAGGUUUAGAAAAGAAAAUUAAAAUUAGUCACUUUAGUUUUAGUGUUCCAAUCUCAUAAUAUUUAUUCUUUCUUCUGAAUAAAUUCAGGGAACAGAAACUAAAAUUCAUUGCUAUCCUAAUGGACACAAAUAUUUGUUCUUUGUGUGUGUGUGUGAGAGAGAAAAAAGUAGCUAACCAAGAGCUAUAGUGAUUCAUAAUGAAAUACACUAAAUUGAAUUUUAUGAUGUCAGUUCUUGGCAUUGUAAUCUAUAUAACUGAUUUAAUUGUGGACAUCUGGGUGUCUGUCAGGUUUUUCCAUGAAGGACAAUAUGUUUUUGGUAUUUUAACAGUAAGCUUUAUGUUCUUUGGAACACUUGUGGUUCAGUGUUUUAGUUAUUCUUGGUUCAAGGCUGAUUUAAAAAAAGCAGGCCAAGAAAGUCAGCAUUGUUUUCUUCUACUUCAUUGCUUGCAAGGAGGAGUUUUUACAAGGUAUUGGUUUGCCUUGAAAAAAGGUUAUCAUGUGGCUUUCAAAUACAGCAGCAAAACUGAUAACUUCAUGGAAGAACAAAUUGAUCAGCAUAAAGAAGUUAUAGAUAGAAUGACUGACUUGAGCAUGCUCAGGCUAUUUGAGACCUACCUGGAAGGCUGCCCACAACUUGUUUUGCAGCUCUACACCCUUCUGGAGCAUGGUCAAGCAAAUUUCACUCAGUAUGCUGCCAUCAUGGUUUCUUGCUGUGCUAUUUCUUGGUCGACUGUUGAUUAUCAAGUAGCUUUAAGAAAAUCCUUGCCUGAUAAAAAUCUCCUUAAUGGAUUCUGUCCUAAACUCACAUACCUCUUUUACAAAUUGUUUACAUUAUUAUCUUGGAUGCUGAGUCUUGUACUUCUUUUAUUCAUAAAUGUUAAGAUUGCAUUAUUUCUGUUGUUAUUUCUUUGGUUUUUAGGGAUAUUGUGGGCAUUUAAAAAGCAAACUCAGUUUUGUGCUUCUAUAAGUAUGGAAUUCUUAUACAGAGUUGUUGUUGGAUUCAUACUUACCUUUACAUUUUUUAAUAUUAAGGGACAGAACACCAAAUAUCCAAUGUUCUGUUAUUAUAUUGUAAGGGUACUGGUCACAGUGGGGAUAUUGAUUGGGUUUUGGGUUUGCCCAGUCUCUAUUUUUAAUUCAGACUAUUUUAUACCUAUCAGUAUCACUAUAGCUCUUAGUCUGGUCCUUGGAAUUAUUUUUCUUAUUGUUUAUUAUGGGACUUUGCAUCCAAACAGAAAUGAAGAAACAAAACCUGAUGAAAUUGAUGGAAUAGCAGCUGAAAGAGAUUGUAGAAUGAAGUUUUUUCUAAUGGAAUAGCUAUUCAUUUACGAGAUAUGUUUUUUUAUUUUUUGUUUCAUUGGUUAGUAAAGAAAAUGUCAUAUGUAUGUGUUGUUUCUUAUUUUUGCCUCCUUCCUGCCCCCCUUCCUUCGUACCCUCUUUCUUCCAUCCCUCUCUCUCUCUCUCUUUCUUUCCUUUAUUUUGAGAUCAGUUUUGGUAUAUUAACUAUGAAUAUGAGAGAGUAUUGUAAUAUUUUAUUAUUUAAAUUAAUUUCUCAUUGGGCUUUAAAGAUCUUGAGUACUCAGAUACGUUUCCCUAUUGCCUGGUAGAGUUGCCAACUUGACCUGAAUUGGAAGAAAUGUUCUGGUUCCCCCAAAUCAGAAGCCUGGAAUUGAACUUCCCUCCAAUUUCCCCCUCACUGUUUCGGAACCAAAACUAAUGCUUGUUGUGGAGAACUCAAAGGGAGGAGAAGAACAGAAUGCUCAUUUUUCCUUCCUCUAUUUUGUUGAUUCAGUGCAUAUAUUUUGAGUUUGGGACAGAUUGGGUAGAGGGAAAGGGAAUGGAAAGAAAGAAGAAAAAAGCAAAACAUAAAGUUUACCAUUGUUAAAUGCACAGUUUAAUCGUGUUAACUAGCAUUCACCUUGUGCAUCUCUAUAACUUUUUCGUCUUGUAAAACUGAGACUCUUUUCUCAUUGAACAACUUCCCAUUUUCCUCUCUCCAGCCUCUGGGAACUAUAGUUCUAUAUUCAGUUUCUAUAAAUUAAA